AUGGAAGGUGGUAUCCACAAAGCAGAGAGCACAGAGUUCAGGGACUUGCUCUACCUGACGUCAAAGCAACCCUUCAUCCUCCGCCUCGCCUUCUCCGCCGGCAUCGGUGGCCUCCUCUUCGGCUAUGACACAGGCGUCAUAUCAGGAGCUCUCUUGUACAUCCGAGACGAUUUCGAGCAGGUCGAGAAGAGCACCGUGCUGCAGGAGACGAUUGUGAGCAUGGCGGUCGCGGGGGCGAUCGUCGGCGCGGGCGCUGGUGGCUGGAUGAACGACCGGUUCGGGCGGCGGCCGUCGAUCCUGAUCGCCGACCUGCUCUUCCUGGCCGGCUCUCUCGUCAUGUGCUUCGCGCCGGCGCCCGCGAUCAUCAUCAUCGGCAGGGUCCUGGUGGGCCUCGGCGUCGGGAUGGCCUCCAUGACGUCGCCGCUCUACAUCUCCGAGGCCUCCCCGGCGAGGAUCCGCGGCGCGCUGGUCAGCACCAACGGCCUCCUCAUCACGGCGGGGCAGUUCCUCUCCUACCUCAUCAACCUCGCCUUCACCAAGGUAAGCGGGACGUGGCGGUGGAUGCUCGGCGUCGCCGGCCUCCCCGCGCUCCUCCAGUUCGUGCUCAUGCUCGCGCUGCCGGAGUCGCCGCGGUGGCUCUACCGGAAGGACCGGAAGAGAGAGGCCGAGGAGAUCAUGCGGAGGCUGUACCCGCCGGAGGAGGUGGAGGGGGAGAUCGACGCGCUGCGGGCGUCGGUGGAGGCCGACAUGGCCCUCGGCGCCACCGGCACGCUCCGGGAGGCGCUCGGCAGCCUGGUGGUCCGGCGCGGGCUCACAGCCGGCGUGCUGUGCCAGGUGGCUCAGCAGCUGGUGGGAAUCAACACCGUCAUGUACUACAGCCCGACCAUCGUGCAGCUCGCCGGGUUCGCGUCCAACAGCACGGCGCUGGCGUUGUCGCUCGUCACCUCGGGCCUCAACGCCGCCGGGUCCGUGGUGAGCAUGUUCUUCGUCGACAGGGCGGGUCGGCGGCGGCUGAUGCUGCUCAGCCUCGCCGGUGUCGUGACGUGCCUCGCCAUGCUCAGCGGAGUCUUCUUCGCCGUCGACAGCCACUCCCCGGACGUCAGCCUGGCCGGGACGACGGCGCUGCUCGGCGCCAACGGCACGUGCCCAGAGUUCGCCCUCGCCGCCGCCGCCGGCGCGGAGUGGACCUGCACGCAGUGCCUCCGCGCCUCCUCCGACUCCGGGUGCGGCUUCUGCGCGGCCGCCGGCGACAAGCUCCUCCCCGGCGCGUGCCUCGCGGCGUCGGACGCGGCCCGGCGCGCGUGCCGCGCCGGCGGCGGGCGGCGGGAGUGGUACGCGCGGGGGUGCCCGAGCUCGUUCGGGUGGCUGGCGCUGGUGGCGCUGGGCGCGUACAUCGUGUCCUACUCGCCGGGGAUGGGGAGCGUGCCGUGGCUCAUCAACUCGGAGGUGUACCCGCUCCGGUUCCGGGGCGCCUGCGGCGGCGUCGCGGCGGUGGCCAACUGGGCGUCCAACCUGCUGGUGACGCAGACGUUCCUGAGCCUGACGCAGGCGCUCGGCACGGCGGGCACCUUCAUCCUCUUCUGCGGCGUGUCGGCGGCGGCGUUCCUGCUGCUCUUCCUCCUCGUGCCGGAGACCAAGGGGCUCCAGUUCGAGGAGGUGGAGCAGAUGCUGGGGAGCAAGGAUUACAGGGCAUGGAAAAAGUUCAACCCCAAGGCAUAG